CCCGGCGCCCCAUUGGCGGCCGCCGUGCCCCUCAGCGCCGCGGCGGCCGGUCCCGCUGCGCUGCGCCCGGCAUGGCGGCGCCCGCAGCCCCGCGCCCGGGGGCCGCAGCCGGCGGCCGAGCGCCCAGCGCCGGCGGCGGCCGGGUCAUGUAGAAGAGCAGAUUUCAUGUGAAGAUGGGACUGUUGGUGUUUAUGCGUAACCUGCUGCUAGCCCUCUGCCUCUUUCUGGUACUGGGAUUUCUCUACUAUUCUGCUUGGAAGUUGCACCUUCUCAGAUGGGAGGAUUCAAAUUCAGUGGUUCUUUCCUUUGACUCCGUUGGACAUACAAUAGGCUCAGCUUUCCUUGUUGAACAGGAAGGAGAGAGAGAAAAACUGUGGCUAUUGUGCUUCCGCUGUCCAUCCCAUCUCACCUUGCUGCAGACCCAGGAAAAGACAGAGCCCAGAAAGAACCCACAGAAACAAUGGCAGCUCCAGGCCCCGCCAUUCCUAGUAGAAUAUGACAAACUGGGCUUUCUCCUGAACCUGGACUCAAAAUUGCCUCCAGAAUUGGCAUCAAAGUAUGCAAAUUUCUCUGAGGGAGUAUGCAAGCCUGGUUAUGCAUCAGCGCUCAUGACUCUCAUCUUCCCAAAGUUCUCGAAGCCGGCACCAAUGUUCUUGGAUGAUUCCUUCAGGAAAUGGGCACGUAUCAGGGACUUUGUACCCCCCUUUGGAAUUAAAGGACAAGAUAAUCUGAUCAAAGCCAUCCUGUCAGCAACCAAAGAUUACCGUUUAACUCCAGCUCUUGACAGUCUCAGCUGCCGGCGAUGUAUUAUUGUGGGAAAUGGUGGAGUACUUGCAAAUAAGUCGUUGGGGUUAAAAAUUGAUGACUAUGAUGUUGUUGUCAGGCUGAACUCUGCUCCCGUGAAGGGCUUUGAAAAAGAUGUGGGUGGCAAGACAACUCUCCGAAUCACAUAUCCUGAAGGUGCAAUCCAGAAAAUGGAGCAGUAUGAGAAGGAUUCCCUGUUUGUUCUGGCAGGAUUCAAAUGGCAGGAUUUCAAGUGGCUGAAAUACAUUGUUUACAAGGAAAAAGUGAGUGCCUCUGAUGGCUUUUGGAAGUCAGUGGCAACCCGUGUCCCAAGAGAACCUCAUGAGAUACGUAUCCUGAAUCCCUACUUCAUCCAGGAGGCAGCUUUCAGCUUCAUUGGACUGCCUUUCAACAAUGGCCUGAUGGGCAGAGGGAAUAUCCCCACCUUGGGAAGCGUAGCAAUAACCAUGGCGCUCCACAACUGUGAUGAGGUGGCGGUAGCUGGGUUUGGCUAUGACAUGAGUUCACCCAAUGCACCGCUGCACUACUAUGAGAACAUCAAGAUGUCUGCCAUCAAAGAGUCCUGGACGCACAACAUCCAGCGGGAGAAGGAGUUCCUGCGGAAGCUGGUGAAAGCCCGAGUCAUCACUGACCUGACCAGUGGGAUUUGAGUGGCUGCAGCCACUGCCUCCAAGGGAGGAGACGAAGAUGCACGCUGCAGCUCUGGGAGCAGGCACUGGCAGCCCCCUGCAAGAAUCCCACCUCACUGAAGACACACAGAGAUGCCCAAGUGCUCUGGGAAGACCCUCCCGCAUUGCCAGUCUGCACAAGGGUUGCAUCCGCUGCCUCCAGGCCUAGAGCUGGCAGGAGGUGGGCAAGGGGCUGAGUGGGCAGUUCUUGAACUCUGCAUCGCAGACAGGUCUUCUGUGUCCUGAACUAAACAGGAAAGACUCAGGAGAGAGAAGAAAGAUUUGUGAAUAAAACGAUUUGUGCCAAAUGGGAGGUGACGCUGCCCUGAGGCAGCAAUGCCUGAAUGUACAAAGUAUUAUUUUUUAAAAGAAACUCUGCAGGAAUCAUACUAGAAAUACCAAGGUGCAAGGCAAAGUCUGCUUGUGCACAGCCCUGCGAAAAGCCCGGCCUCUUCAUGCUCCAUCUGCAUUGUCACCGGCCUUGGACCUUUCCCCAGGAAAACAAAUCCAUCCAAAACUUCGGUGUCGUUGGUGCUGCUAUAAUUCAAAGGGAGAAUAAUGGCUUUCCCUCGUUCCACCUGGAGCUUCUGGAUGCAGAUGGGCAUGGGUUUGUUUUUCUGCACUUUUCCUUGCUCCCUGCAUAGAGGUGGCAGCCGCAGCCACUUACUUGGCUGCGUUUUCCAUAGCCGUUUGCGCUGCUCUGCCUCUGCCCUGACCCCAAGGUGGAGCAGGGAGGCAAUGGCUUUCUCUGGCUGCAGCAGACCCUCUCCCCCUUCCUCCUCUCAUGGCACUGAGGAGCCUGCCUCGCUGUGCUCAAGGCUUUCAGGCCUUUUGGUUUGUGCCUGCUAUGCAGGGCCCCCGUGGAGUCCAUGCACCCUGGUGUCACUGUUCCUGGACAGCAUCUCAUUUUAUUCUCAUGUGGGAGAGGAGUAAUUUAUUCUUUGGAAGGAGGUCAGAUCUUGCACGGAGAUCUGAAGCUUUGCAGUUUGAGAGCAAGCCACUGAAGAUGUUUGUUUUACGUUCCAGACUUGAUCGUGUUCCCUAUUUCAGUGACGUGUGACCUCAGUGAUGAUGGAGCCUGCUGGCACGGGUGGGGGCCUGCUGGGAACCCUCAAUCUCUGCUUGGCCCCUGCUCACUUCAUUUCCCGGCUCCUCCCAUGCUGCUCUAGCACCGCUGCUCUUCCUGCUUUCAGGAGCACGUUCCUUCCUUUGCUGUCUUGGUCCCGAGAUGCAGUAUUUGCACAUUUGAUUUGUAUACAUAUUUCAGAGGAGCUGGAAUAAACUGAGCAACGUGGCCAAGUGUGAGGACAGCAGGGUGGUCUCACCCACCUGGAGAGCAUGGGCAGAAGGGGGAUUGCCAGGGGAGUGGUUGCAGGUGGAAGUAGAGCUGGAGCAGGCUGGAUGGCACCCAGGGGCACUGUCCCAGGGCAUGUCCCUGUGUGUCGGAGCAGGGGUGUGCAGCCAGCCAGUGCUGGCGUGAGUGGAGGGAGGAUUCUGGAGGGGUGCUGGUGGGUCUCAUGCUCCUGGCACUGUAUCUAGUGUAGCUCAGGGAUUGCAGUCUGCCUUGCCCUGAGCUGGAAGGCGAACAUGGCCCUAACAUGGACAAGGAGUGCUCAGAGCAGGGCUUGCACAGUUCCCCUGGGCCACCUCUGCUCCUGCUGACUUGCAGGGGGCUGUGGCUCUGGGGUUGAGACCCCAGAGGGGACGUGCAGGAGGGGCAGGCAAUGACCCACAUGUGGGGCAGAGGAGCAAACUGUGCGGAAUGGUUUGAGGCAGCUCUCAGGACAACGGUGCUGGGUGCGGCCCAGAGACCAGUGUGGGAUGUGCCCCUCAGAACCCUCUCCUGUGUGGUGCGCCCGUAGCCAGGGAGCUUUGCUCAGGGGCAAGUCCUGUCCAGCUUCUGGUCGUGGCUGCAGCUUGCCUUCUAGUCUGGGAGCAGCUCAAAGAUUCUGCCUCUUCCAGGCCACAGAAGACAUGCUGAGAGGCUCUCCCUUCCCUUUCCCCUUCCCAUGUCCCUUCUCCUGUCCCUCUGGCCUCCCAGCCAGGCGGUCCCUGCUCCCCCCCAGUACAUGCCUCUCCCCAGGAUGCUCUGUGAGGUUUCUAGCAUGAAGAGCUGGGGUUUCCAGCAGGUUUUUGAGCAUAUGCUGUGGCAGGUACUCCUUUGAAUAUUCUCCCACAAUUUGUUUUUCCUGCUUCAGGAGCCCAAGGGACUGGAUUUCCAUGGCUCUUGCCAAGCAAUACUCCUUUGCAGUUCCUGUGUGUCAGCCUGGACCUGGGACCAUCCUCCACAGAGCCCCUGCCGUUGUGGUAGUGGGGGUGUGUGGGCUGGACCCAGCCAAGGUUGUGUCUGGGGCGGUGUGGGCACCCACCCUCUCUGCCUUGGUGCUUGAACUGGGUCUUUAACCAGCUGUGGGAGCCCUGGGGCACUGUUGGGUGGAUGGGUCACAUCCAUAUGCAGCUGAGAUGCCAGAGAAUGGGUGGCUGCUGCCAGGAGGAGGGGGGGUGAAGAGCCUUCAGUAUCUGUGCUGGACUCCUCUCCACCCCUUGGGGAAGCACCCUCAUGGAGGCUUGUGAUGGCAUUAAUUUUGCAGAAUCACAGAACAGUCAGGGUUGGAAGGGACCUCUGGAGAUCACCUAGUUCAACCCCCUGCUAAAGCAGGUUCACCUAGAGCAGGUUACACAGAGUUGUGUCCAGACAGGGUUUGAAUGUCUCCAGAGGAGACCCCCACAGCCUCUCUGGGCAGCCUGUGCCAGUGCUCUGUCACCCUCGAAGUGACUCAGAUGGAGCUUCCUGUGUUGCAGUUUGUGCCCAUUCCCCUUAUCCUGCUGCUGGGCACCGCUGAAGAAUCUGGCCCCAUUCUCUUGACACUCUUCUUUAAGGUAUUUGUAUAAUUGAUAAGAUCCCCCCUCAGUCUUCUCCAGGCAAAACAGGCCCAGCUAUCUCAUAAGGGAGAUUCUCCAGUCCCCUAAUCAUCUUCGUAGCCUUCCACUGGACCCUCUCCAGCAGUUCCCUGUCUCUCUGGAACUGGGGAGCCCAGAACUGGGCACAGAAGAAGGGCAGACCAGAAGGGGAGGACAGCCUCCCUCGACCUGCUGGCCACGCUCCUCCUGAUGCACCCCCAGGGUCCCACUGGCUGCCUUGGCCACCAGGACACACUGCUGGCCCAUGGGCAACUUGCUGUCCACCAGCACUCUCCCCAGGGCCUUCUCUGCAGAGCUUCCCCCCAGCAGGUCAGCCCCAGCAUGUACUGGUGCGUGGGGCUGUUCCUCCCUGGUGCAGGACCUUACACUUGCCUUUGUUGAACCUCAUGAGGUUCCUCUCCGCCCAGCUCUCCAGGCUGUCCAGGUCUUGCUGAAGGGCAGCACAGCCUCUGGUGUAUCAGCCACUCCUCCCAGUUUGGUAUCGUCAGCAAUCCUGCUGAGGGUACUCUCUGUGCCUUCAUCCAGGUCAUUGAUGGAAAAGUUGAGCAGGACCGGGCCCAGCACUGACCCCUGGGAACACCGCUCGCUGCAGGCCUGUGGCGAGACUGCGCCAUUGAUCACAGCCCUCUGAGCUCUGCCAUCCAGCCAGUUCUCAACCCACCUCUGAUUUGAUUUACCCUGUUUUACUGAGCACUACAAAUCUACAGGGCACCUUUCUCUUCCAGCUCACUGGCUCCAGGUCCAAGGAGAGAGCAUGGCCCCUGCUCUGUUUUCCCUGGCAUCCCAGCUCCCCACCGCAGCUAGGGACAGCUCCUGAUGGGAAGCUGUCCCUGCAGACCAGGGAGGUGACUCCAGGCCCUUCCCUUCACUUUGGCGGGGGUCUCCAUGCAGAAGUGCCCAGGCUGAAUAGAUGAGUGUGUGACCCAGGGUGACUGGUGGUGGGUCAGGACCACCUGCAAGUAGAAGGAAAGGGAGGAUAGGAGGUUUGGGGGGGGGGGUGAAGGCUCCCAUCUAACUUACUGCCCCCGUUUGACACUGGUGUGGCAAGCACAGCCAUGGAGCAGCCCUACGGCCGGGUGAUGGGGUUGCACCCCCCCUGCCCCGGGAGCAGCGUGCAGCGCUGGGUGUGCAGCGCUGGGUUUUGCUCCUGGAUGCUGUUCCUUCAGCUGCCUCCCCGUGUGCACCUGCAGCCACCUCCCGCCCUCCGAAACGCUGCAGUCCUGCCAGCUCCGAGCGGUGCGCGCGGGUCAGAGCAGGGUCAGUGGGACGGAUGUGAGUCUUGGCCUCUCCCUCGCAGUGACUCACCUUUUCAGCUCGGAAGGGAGAGCCCAGGGGAAUUCUCCACGGCCUAAAUAUAGAGCGGGGUUGCCUGGAGCCUCUUGACACGCUGCGGUGCAGAAAGGCCACUCGGGUGGCAGGGAACCUGCCUCGAGAGAGGCCAGGGAGGCGCAGGGAGGCUGGGGAGCCAGUGGCCGCGCUGGGGUUGUGCUCCAGCUGGUGCAGAGAGCGGGUGGGGGAAGCUGCAGGCCAGCUAGCUCACGGUGCUCCCGGGGGAGAGGGGCUGCCAGAGCACUGACCACACUGUGAGCACGGGCUGCUCGUGCAUUCAUGGCCUACAGCCCUCUCCAGUGCCCGCCACCCUGGCGUCAGGCUCCCUCCACCAGCUCACCCAUUAGGGCUGGCCAUGCUGUGGCCUCAAGCUCGCACGUGCCAAAUGGCAUCACGGCCAGGGAGCACGAGGGCACAGCGGGAUCCUCUGCAGCCCAGCGUCCCUGGGCUUCCAGCGUCUCCUUUUCCUGGGAAGGGGCAGCGAGGGGGCCCUGCCCUGCCGUGCUGCCUUACCCCUCAGUGCGGGCACUGCCGGGAGAGGGCAAAGGUGUCGGGAGGGGGCUGGCUGGUGUAUCAAACCGGGGCAGGCAGGCUAGGUACGGGCAGCACCGGGGAUGGCCAAGGGCUUCCAGCCUGCCUGGCAGGGAGGCGGCCACCUCGCUGAGCUCCGCUGGCACCAGCACGGCGUGUACUGUUGCUCCAAACGUGCAUCGCACACAGUAUUAGAGACGUGUCCUUUGGUACAGGCAACCCAGGCCACUACCCAGCCCACCUGGGCACUGUCUCCUCGCACAGCCCGCACAGGGACUCAUUCCAAAGGCCAGUGCACUCACCGGUACUGUACCAAGCUGAGAUGCAAGAACUUAAUGUGGUUUUAAAAUUAGUUUUAGUUUCUGCAAUUUUUUUUUAAUUACCCCUCUAGGCAGGGAGGGCAAGAGUCUUGCAGGCUCCUCCAGGCCGGCUUAUGUCACAUCAAUUCAGUCAUAUCACAGAAGCAAUAAAGCUAUCAAACAAG